CUCGGAGUGGAAAACCAGGGGAGGCCAAAGAAAGAUAAAUAAAAAAGAGAGGAAAAACUUCAGUUUUCAGCUCUAAUGGCGUCCAUGGCGGUUCUCUUCGUCAAAACACCGGACUCAUCUCAUUCAUUUCCCCAAUUACGGAAAACCCAGUUGAAUCUCAAUCCCAACUCUUCGCUAUCUUUUCAUUCCCGCAACGAAAAGAAGAGUCGUCGCCAGCUUCGGGUUUCCUGUGGAUUGAUAGAACCAGAUGGAGGGAAGCUCACCGAGCUCUUAGUUAGGGAGUCCCUUAAGAAUGAUAAGAAUAAGGAAGCGAUGUCGAUCCCCAGAAUCAAACUUUCACGGAUCGAUCUUGAGUGGGUUCAUGUCCUCAGUGAGGGGUGGGCUAGUCCCCUCCGUGGAUUCAUGAGAGAAUCCGAGUUCCUCCAAACUCUUCAUUUCAAUUGUCUUCGGCUCGAGGACGGUUCCAUGGUCAACAUGUCGUUGCCCAUCGUCCUCCCCAUCGACGAUUCGCAGAAACAGCGAAUCGGUGAGUCCACCAAGGUCGCUCUCUUCGACUCUGCCGACAAACUCGUUGCUAUUUUAAGCAACAUCGAGAUCUACAAGCACCCUAAGGAAGAACGUAUAGCCAGAACAUGGGGAACCAUCGCCCCUGGAUUACCAUAUGUUGAAGAAGCAAUAACCAAUGCUGGGAACUGGCUCAUUGGAGGUGACUUGGAGGUUAUAGAACCAAUCAAGUAUAAUGAUGGCCUUGAUCGGUUUCGACUGUCCCCUGCAGAACUCCGUGAGGAAUUUACAAGACGCAAUGCUGAUGCAGUAUUUGCUUUCCAGCUGAGGAAUCCUGUACACAAUGGCCAUGCAUUACUCAUGACUGAUACUCGUCGUCGCCUUCUGGAGAAGGGUUACAAGAACCCUGUGCUGUUGCUUCACCCAUUGGGAGGUUUUACGAAGGCAGAUGAUGUGCCACUAAGUUGGAGAAUGAAGCAACAUGAGAAGGUGCUUGAAGAUGGCGUCUUGGAUCCAGAGACAACGGUGGUUGCAAUCUUCCCAUCUCCCAUGCAUUAUGCAGGUCCAACUGAGGUGCAGUGGCAUGCAAAGGCCCGCAUAAAUGCAGGUGCUGACUACUACAUUGUGGGUCGGGAUCCAGCUGGUAUGAGCCAUCCUGUUGAAAAGAGGGACCUUUAUGAUGCUGAUCAUGGGAAGAAGGUUCUGAGUAUGGCUCCUGGACUUGAGCGGCUAAACAUCCUUCCAUUCAGGGUUGCUGCCUAUGACAAGACUCAGGGCAAAAUGGCAUUCUUUGAUCCAUCAAGGCCACAAGAUUUCCUUUUCAUUUCAGGCACUAAGAUGCGAACACUGGCAAAGAAUGGAGAGAACCCACCUGACGGCUUCAUGUGUCCUGGGGGAUGGAAGGUCUUGGUUGAUUACUAUGACAGCUUGGUUUCAUCAGGGAAUGGAAAAGUCCGUGAAGCUGUUCCAGCAUAGAACCAUUUUGCAGUGUCCAAUCACUUCAUUAUCAGUAUGGGAUAAACUUUGGAACUUAUUUAUGUCCUGUGUGAUAUUUGUUCAAAGUUACAACCAUGACAAUCUCUGUCCAGCUCUCAAAUAAAGCAUUCAAGGCCCUGGUACAGAGAGACAUGUAUCUUAUAAUGCUUGCCUUGAUCUGUAAAAAGCUUGUGGUCGAUUGUGUGAUGAACUCAAGACGCAGUCACUGUAACACAUCUGUGUUGCUUUUAAUGUACAUAGGCUGUGGAUUGCUUCA